UAUCCACGCCAACAUUAAGAUGAGGCUUUCGUUUUCUGCCAUACGUCCUAAAGAUAGCAUACAAAAGUUAAUAAAAAUCCACUAAGAGAGCUCUCUCUUUACCAUUUUCCCACUUUCCUUUGAGAAAACAGAGCAAAAUGGCACUGAGAAUGUGGGCUUCCUCUACAGCAAACGCUCUUAAGCUCUCUUCUUCUACCUCCAAAUCUCAUCUCCUUCCUGCUUUCUCCAUCUCCAGAUGCUUCUCCUCAGUGUUGGAAGGACUCAAGUAUGCAAAUUCACACGAGUGGGUGAAACAUGAUGGCUCAGUGGCUACCAUUGGCAUCACUGACCAUGCCCAGGACCAUUUAGGAGAAGUUGUGUUUGUGGAACUGCCAGAAGAGAAAAGCUCAGUGAGCAAAGAAAAGAACUUUGGAGCUGUGGAGAGUGUGAAGGCCACAAGUGAGAUUCUAUCUCCAAUCUCUGGUGAAGUCAUUGAGGUUAACACAAAGCUAACCGAUUCACCUGGUUUGAUCAACUCAAGCCCCUAUGAAGAUGGUUGGAUGAUAAAGGUGAAACCAAGCAACCCUGCAGAGUUGGAAACCUUGAUGGGUCCAAAGGAAUACACCAAGUUCUGCGAAGAGGAAGAUGCUGCUCACUAGAGGGUUUCACCUGUCUAUGUUUCGUACCCUAUCUCUCUCAGCUUUGUAUCUCUGUAAUACUAAUUUGGUUGAAAGAUGAUCAUUCAAAUAAGACUCAA